CGCUCCCGGCAGGUGCCCCUGCACAGCCCUCGCCUCCCCGCUGCGCUCUGCCCUGCGCUCAGCCCGCACAGCCACAGCUGCACGUCCUGACUGCUCGCUGCUGACAUGGCACAGGGCAGGGACCACCCCAAGCCUGGGGACCUGAUCGAGAUCUUCCGGCCAGUUUAUCAGCACUGGGUAAUCUACGUGGGGGAUGGAUAUGUCAUCCACGUGACAGAUGAAGGAGACACGUCCUCUUUGGCUAGCAGCUCAUCAAUAUCCGCCACAAGAGCCACGGUGAAGAAGCAGCUUCUGAAGGAGGUGGUGGGAAAACAUAAAUGGCGUGUCAACAACAAGUACGACCGCUCCUACACUCCUUUCCCCGUGGAGAAGAUCAUCCGACGUGCUGAGGAAUUGGUUGGCAAGGUGGUGCCCUAUAAUGUGAUUACCAAAAACUGUGAGCACUUUGUGACAAAGCUCCGCUACGGAAUAGAACUCUCUGAUCAAGUCGAAGAAGCCGCUAAGGAAGGUGCUGUAUCAGCAGCAGUAGGUUUUCUUACGGGUUUUGCUGCUCUUGCUCUGGCAGCAUUGUUGAAGAGAUAGUACUGCUGAUGAGCUGUCAGGAAGAGCUCUGAGAGGGCAGGGAAAGCCCCCAACAACAGCAGUCACUGAUCAGCUUUUGCUACACGUGCCAUCAAGGCUGACCAGGAACAGUGUAACUUUGGUGCUAAGGUGAAAUAAUCCAAAAUAAAAUUUCUGAAAUCGAAACUCAUACUGCCCUAAAAUCUUCUUUUAUCUGAGUAUAGCUUUGUGUGCAAGUUUAACAAUUCAGCCUUGCUCUGCCCUGCCAUCCCAUUAAGAAAUGAUAGAUCAAGAACAUCACUGCUCAAGAUGAUCCUCAGCAGUUCAAGCCUGGUUGCCACAUCUGGUUUUAUUUCAUUGUCUGUGAUGAUUUCUGUCGUAGUUGGGGACAACUUGCAAGUAAUUUCUGCCGUGCUUUCCCCUUCCCCACACCUCCCCACCAGUGCUUUGCUGAGAACUGGUGCAGACUUUUCUUCCUGUUUUGAUCAGCUGGUGCUACCAUGGAGGCUCUUUCUGUGCAUCACUGAAAUAAAAGUACUGCUGAGGGUUUGCUGUGCUUUCCAA